AAGCAACAGUGCAGUCCUUCAUUUGUUGUACUGUGGCCAAAGAGGCAGUCCCAGAGCAUACGGCUUCUCAGUAUCUUCACCUCUCACAGAGAGGUGUGCAGCUUCAUGCGGUCACUGAGCUCAAAAUAACUCAGCAAACAUGAUUUGGAUCAUCUUGUUUUGGCUUCAUAUAUUCCCAAAUCUUCUUGCAUUACCGAACAUGACUGUGGACAUAAACAGUGCUGCACUUGAUGAGCCUGUGACGUUAGCCGGGGACAUUGAGGAUGCAGCUGCUCAGAACCAGAAAGAAGAAAGUGUGAGAAAUGUGGAUAGAGAAAAGUGUACAGUUCCAUGUGAGAUGGCGGCAAAACUCAUGCAGGACGAGAAGCAUUCUUGGUGCAAUAACCUCCAACAUGCCAUGACAACAUAUACCAGGAGCACCAGAAAGUUGAUCCGAGAUUUGAUUGAUGAACAACAGAAGACUCUGGAAUUCCUCUCUAACCAGGUAAUGGAACUUACAACCAAAGUCCACAGUCUCAGUUUAGACGUGCAGAGGAGCAACACAGAGAUGUUUUCUAUGAAGCCCAUGCAUGCUCAUGGUAGAGACUGCAGUGACAUCAAGGAAACACUAGAGGCAGUAUCACCCAAAAUUCCAAGCGGUGUUUAUAUUAUUCAACCUGAAAACUCUGAGCUUUUGUUUGAGGUAUUUUGUGAGAUGGAUUAUAUGGAAGGAGGCUGGACAGUCAUCCAGAGGCGGACUGAUGGCCUGACUGACUUUAAACGUGCAUGGUCAAACUACCUGGAUGGAUUUGGACCCCUUCCAGGUGAACAUUGGCUCGGUUUGAGGAAGGUGCACAGUAUUGUAAGUCAGAAGAACACACGCUUUAAGCUUCACAUAUCCUUUGUCUCUCAAGAUGAUUCUAUUGCGUACGCCUCUUAUGACAACUUCUGGCUUGAAGACGAGAGCAAAUUCUUUGCAAUUCAUCUUGGGAGAUAUGCUGGUAGUGCAGGUGAUGCUUUCAGAGGAUACAAGCAAGAGCAGAAUCAGGACACGGCACCUUUCAGUACAUCAGAUGUGGAUAAUGAUGGCUGCAUUCCUUUCUGCACUUUUGAUGGCAAAGCCGUGGAGAGCUGCAGCGUGCAACACAACAACACAGGCUGGUGGUUUAAUCAGUGCGGCCGGGCAAACCUUAACGGCUCACCACUAGACCAAGAUCGCUCUACUCAGCCGCACAUUCACUGGGACACGUGGACUAAGAACGGAGAACCUGUCAGUAUCAAGUCAGUAACAAUGAAGAUCAGGAGAGUUGAAGGCUCAAAUCUGAAAUAGGUGUUUCACAACUCUAAAGAUUUUGGAAAGUUUCAUUAAUUCAUUUAGUCAGAAUGCAGUUUGAUUAAAUGAGCAUGACAAUUUCAAAAGUACUGAUGCAUAAAAGGCAAAACAUUCUUUAAACAAAACAACAUAUUUAUCUAAUAUUCCUUAAUUGUCAGUGCUGUUGAUGCAGUACUGUAUGAUUGAGAAUACUGUUUAGCAAAAAUUCUGAAUUGUGAUAUUUUAAAUUGUGCCACAACAGUGCAUUAUUUUGGAAAAAAAAAUGUUUUACGCAUGAUUCAAACCAAGAGACAAUGUCAUUCAUUAGGGAUCUUAUAUUCUAUUCAGUGUAUUCAGUGAGGUGUAAUGCAGAGUUCAUCUUAUCACUCAUAAGUUGAAUAUUUUAAUGUGAAUGCAAACAUAAAGCAGUUUAUCUCACUUGUACAACAGUGUUUUGCUUCCACAACCUUUUAUUCAUUAAAUAAGACAUUAUACUAUUUA